CCAAGGAAGGCUGGAGUAGCUGACACCCCUUGACUGGAUACUGACUGAUUACACAUGAUACAUGAUUCGCCAACAAGUGCCAGCCUCGUAUCCCCGCAUGACCCAACUGAGACCUCCACCCUGCCUUCGACCCCGACCUAAAGGGCAACCAUCACUCUGGCUCUGCCACCGCGUGACUGGUAAGAACCUCUCCCUCCCCCAAAUCCAUCUCCCAGGCACAGACCGACAGCUGCAAGGUACUUUCCCAUGGGCCCAGCAGCAGAGUCGCUCCGCCAGCAAUGGCAGGAGCCCUCCGACGUCUUCACCAUCCUCCUGAUCAUCGGCGGCGACAUCGUCCAUCGAGCGCUAGGUGCCGUCUCCGGCGGCACCCUCACCCCAGUCGCCUUCUCCUACGGCUGGGUCGCCUACGCCAUGUCCGCGCUGCUCUCCACCGCCGGCGAAGCCAGACUCCUGCCCCCCAGCCCCGUCCCGGACCUCGCCGUCAUCAACCUCAGCUCCGGCUACCGCCGCACCAACCGCUCCUGGACCAUCGGCCGCCUCUUCGAAACCUACGACAGCUGGAUGCCCCCACCCGUCCGCGAUCGCAUCGCCCACCCAGUCCUUCCACCUCCGCCUUCCACCACCGCCGACGAGGAAGUUCAGCACCACCCGCCCGCCCCGCCCGCCGCCGCCGCCGUCCCGCUCUGCGUCGCCGUCUACACCUGGGCCGUCCCGCGGCUGCAGCCCGGCCGCACCGGCCGGGACUGGGUGUGGUGGACGGGGCUGGUGACGACCGCCGCGCAGCUGGGGCUGAGCGUCGUCCCCUUCGCGACGGCCGCCGACUGGCGCGUCUUCCUCCUCACAGCGGGCGGGACGGCGCUGGCCUACGCGCAGGGUGCACUGCCGCAGUGGCGGCGCGAGAAAUGGGCCUGUCGCGCCGGGAACUCGGCCAAGCACGUCGCGCUCACACUGGGCAACGGCUCGCAGCACGUGGUUGUCGUUCUGGGCCACGAGCGCGGGCUGGACCUGGAGGAUCUGGCGGGCGGGCAGGUGCGCGGGAGGUCGGCCCGGGGGACGGGAUUGGUGAUGGCGGCGUUGGCCGUGCUUUGGUUUCUCUUGCUUGUGACCAGCACCGGGAUUGAGACGCACACGUGGUAUCUGCUUGGUGUUGGGGCGUUGGGGCUGCUGCAGAACUUGGUGGUUGCGGGCGCGCCGCGUGCGCCCGCUAUGCUGGGGGUGCCGAUCGAGCUGGCGACGACUCGCCUCCCCGGCGGGGGGGGCGAACCGGCUCCGAUGGUCUUUGCGGGCAUGAAAGUCAUGUUUACGCUCAUGGAGCUGGAGAUGGCGUACCCGGGGUUUGGGAAGGGGUUGCUGGGCGAAUUCUUCCCGGGUCAGCUGCGUCCGUGGGAGACGGAGUGGUGGGCGAGCAGUGAUGUGGAGCGGAGACGGGAGUUGUUGCGCGAGGCGAGGCUCCAGGAGUCUCUGCGUAUGAUGAAGCCUGGCAGGGGUAGCUGA